AUGAAAAUUGCGCGCUCAACGACCAACGGCAUCGGCGCCAAUACCGAAGGCCUGUCGGCCGCUGAGAAGCUGCAGCAGCAGCACGAGCUCAAGGAAGCCCAAGAGAAGGCAGCCCACAAGGCCACAGUCGAGGAUGUCGAGGAUGAAGAAGCUACUCUUCAUUCGCCGCCAGCUGCUGCAGGCACCACGUCGCUGCCCAUCAGCACCGACCCGUCUCGCGUGGCCACGCCAUCUGCCGACCCGGUCCCUGGCAGCAAGGCCGCGGGCAAGCAGCCAGCUAAAGAGCAGCCAGCCGCCUCGAGACCAACUAUCGAUACUCAGUCUGAGGAGCUCUUCCCAGCCCUUGGCGCUCCCAAGGCUCCCGCUGCUGCUCCUACGUCCAUGUGGUCGAAGAAGCCUGCUACGGUCGGAAAGGCGGCCAACGGCGUCAGCAACACCCAAGCUGCGGCUACCAAUGCAUCUUCCCGCUCGUCUACCCUGGCGUCCGGUAUCGUGACCCCCAGCUCUACGGCUCCAUCCCAGCGUGGUCCAGUCCCUCAGAUGAACCUCCCGGGUCGCUACACCGAGCAGGUGUCGCUGCACCCAUCCAUGAUGACUCCCAGCAACCAGCGCAAGAAGCCUCUCCAGGAUAUUCUGCGCGACAUCAAUAAGCGAUCCCGAGCCAAUGUCGAGAUGAAGCCUGGUCCUGGUGAUGCCCUCACCUUCCAGGGAACUGGGCCUGUUGACGACGUGCGCAUGGCUCUCAAGGAAGUCGCCAACCAACUCUGCUCCAAGCAGAAUCUCAAGCUUCCGGUUCCAAUUGGCGUUCGUGGCAAGAUUGUCGGUAAGCAGGGUGCUACCAUUCAGGCGAUCUCCAAGAAGACAGGCGCGAAGAUCAACAUCUCGAAGCAAGAGGCCGCCGAGAUCCUCGAGGAUGACGACCUCGACGCGACUGUGGACGUGACUAUCGAAGGUGACCCAUUCGCCGUGCAGAUGGCCAAGCAGGACAUUGAGAAGAUUGUGAAUGAGCACACGUCGUCCGCCAACACCCGCCUGAAGCACGUUCCUGCUGAGUACUAUCCUUUCCUGGCCGCCCGAAACAAUCAGCGUCUUCAGUCUCUCCAGCAGGGCCGUAACCUCCGCAUGCAGAUCCCACAAUAUCACACCUGGAACCAACAAGCUCCACCAGAGGCUCCAGGUAACCGCCGACCUGCUGCUUUCGCGCCACAGGCCGGAUUGCCAAUUCAGCUUGGUGGUGACCGACAGGCUGUGGCUGAUGCCAAGGCUGAGAUCGAUCGCCAGGUGCAGGAACUCCAGCGUCAACUGACUCUCGAGCAAAUGCCAGUCGAGCGCGGUCGCCAUCAGUUCAUUGUCGGAGAUCGAGGCACUGAAUUGCACGACUUUGUUGAACAAACCGGAUGCUCGAUCAUUCUUCCUCCCGACCAUGCCGACUCAGAGAUGAUCACGAUUGUGGGCCCGCCUGACAGGAUAGAGCAGGGCAUGGAUAAGAUCAUGGAUCUGGCUUCUAGCAUGGCAAUGGCAACUGCGGAUGUUGCUCGUGCACACAAUUCGGCUCCCCGUGGAGGUCAGGCUCACGCUCAGGACAUCCAUCGCUACCUUCGCCAACGCCAAGCCAUCGAAGAGCUCGAGAAGCAGCACGGCGCCAGCAUUGUGCCUGAUAGCACUGGUUCCUGGCAGAUUUAUGCUCGCGAUGCCAAGGCGGCUCAAAAAGCUCGCAUGGACAUUGUCAACAUGAUUAACGGGCAUCCCCCGAGUCGAUUUCACCCUCUGGAGGUCGACCCGUUCUUCCACCAGCAUCUACGUGAGCAAGCUGCUCGUGAGAUCAGAGAUCAGCAUGGCGUGAGCGUGGUCGUCCCCGACGAAGACGGUUCUCCUGUGCUCCUGGUCUUCGAAGAUCGCACGCCUUCGCCCGAGUACCAGUUACCGCGUUCCGCCCCCUCGGCGCAAGACGCUCAGGCCUUCCAGCAGGCACUACGAGAUGCAGAGCGCCACAUCGCUGAAAUCAUGAACAGCCACCAGGGCAUCGUCUCGAAGGAAGUUGAGGCUCCUGCCAAAUUCCAUGACAAGAUCCGUAGACAUGUUGACCGUCACCACCAGUCGUGUGGAGACAGCCGCAUUCCAGUCCAAGUCAACUAUGGCGGACCUCGACAAGAAGCGCAGAGACGCUCGCAAGCUCCUAACUUGAACUUGCGUGGUCCCCAGGACGACGUGGAUGCCCUCGUGCAGAGUCUGCUUGCGUUCAUCGAACAAGAAAAGCUGGACGAGCUCGAACGCGGCUUCACCCUGAGCUUUGACUUCCCACAGAAGUUUGCCAACCACCUCAUCGGCCGCAAGGGAGAGAACAUCAACCGCCUGCGUGAGGAAUUCGACGUUGAAAUUCAACUCGGUGACGGCAAGUGCGAGAUCAAGGGACCAGAGGCCAAAGCGAACGCUUGCAAGAAGCACAUUCUCGAGCUCGGCAAGAAGCUUGAAGACGAAGCUACUUACAGCGUGCACAUCCCAGCACAGUUCCACAAGGAUUUGAUCGGCCCCCAGGGCAGUCAGGUCAACCGACUUCAAACUCGUUAUGGCGUUCGGGUCAACUUCCCGCGUAACAAGCAAGUCGAGGACGAUGCUUCAGUCGCUGAUGACCGUCGUAACAACCAGAAGCCAGACGAGGUGAUCAUCAAAGGUCCAAGCAAGGGCGCAAACGCAUGCCGUGACGAUCUGCUGGAGCUCCUGCAGUACGUUAAGGAUAACUCGCAUACUGCUAUUGUAUCUGUCGCACAGAGCCAGCUGCCUUCCCUGAUUGGUGCUGGUGGAAAGGAGAUGGACCAGCUGCGCCUUGCCACUGGUGCGCAGAUUGAUGUGCCAAGCUCCAGGGAAGCGGCCAGUCCAAGUGGUCGCGCCGAGAUCAAGAUCAAGGGCUCAAAGAAGGCUGUGGACGAGGCCAAGAAGUUGAUCGAAGAGAAGGCCAAGGUCUUCGACAACACCGUCGUCAAGACUUUGGACGUCGACCGGAAGCACCAUCGCCUCAUCAUUGGUCCACAAGGCACGAACCUACGCAACAUGAUUACAGCGGCCGGUGGUCCUGAAGACCAGCGUCUCCACAACCGCAUGAUCCGCUUCCCCAAGACAGACACCGAGGGCAACGCUAUCCGUAUCGAAGGUCAGAAGGCAGUCGUCGACAGCAUCUGCGCUGCAAUUGAAGCUCUCGUGGCCGAUCAGGAAUCUCAAGUCACGGAGUUCGCUGAGGUCAAGCCAGACAAGCACCGCCUCUUGAUUGGCCGUGGCGGCGAGACUCGUCGCCAACUGGAGCAGCAGUUCAACGUCUCGAUCAACAUCCCUCGUCAGACCGAGACUGGACCACAGCGCUCCCAAGUGCGCAUCAGUGGCAAGCCUGAGGACGUGGAGAAGGCCAAGGCCCACAUCAUGGAGGUGACCAAGGACCAGGAAGGCGAGACCGUCUCUGUGCCUCGCCAUCUUCACCACAUCAUUGCUGACAAUGGGCAAUUCUUCCGUCGCUUGAGGUCUGACCACAAAGUCACUGUCGACCACAGCGGCCAGCGACCACCGCCAAAGCCGUCCACCCCUCAGCCUAGCCGUGCCAGCGGUGGUGCCAUGCCACUGAUUACCGAUGAUCCGGGAGCCAGCUCCGGCAGCCAUUCAUGGGAGACACACGACCUGCACGCUAGCGCAGAGGACGGCGAGAUUCCAUGGAUCCUUUCAGGGUCUUCUCCAGAGGCAGUACAGGCAGCCAAGGCGAAGCUCGAGAAGGGUCUUGAGGACGCUGCUAAGCGGGACACGAUUGGUUUCCUCAUCCUCCCUGACCCACGCGCUUACAGACACGUCAUCGGCCCUGGUGGAUCAGAGAUCAACCGCAUUCGAAAGGAGACUGGCACCAAGAUCCAGGUCCCACGCGAUCAGAACAAGGGCGAAGCAAUUGAGAUCACCGGCGCAAAGGGCGGUGUCGAAGAAGCGAGAGACAUCAUUCUGGAGAUUGUCCAGAACAACGCAUAG